CGGAACAGAUUGCAGUCGUAAACUUCCGGUACGACUAUUUUUGUAGUCGGAGUUGCAGUGUAUGUCUGUACUGGGUGGUGAUAGUCCUGGCGGCUAAUAGUUUAUUUAUUUAUUUUUUUAAAUGAAAAAACAGACAUCGAUGGCGACAGAGAACCAACAAGGAGCUUCUUCAGUUGUUGCUCGAUAUUAUACUCGUUGGUAUAAAACAGAUUUGAAGAGUAAGCCCGGUGAAGACCACUGUGUCCUGCAGCAUUCUAAUAGAAUUUGUGUCAUCACACUUGCAGAAUCGCAUCCCGUUUUACAAAAAGGAAGACAAAUCAAGAGCAUAAAUUACCAGAUCAGUGCCAACUGCAGCAGGCUACAAAACAAGGUUUCUGGGAAGUCGAAGCGGGGUGGACAGUUCCUUACAGAGCUCGCACCCCUGUGUAGAAUAACAUGCAUGGAUGGAGAGGAAUAUACUGUUUUUAGUUGUAUCAGAGGACGCCUGUUAGAAGUCAAUGAGGACAUUCUUAUGAAUCCUAGUCUAUUACAGGAAAAGCCAUCCACAGAAGGCUACAUUGCGGUUGUGUUGCCUAAAUUUGAAGAAAGUAAAAGUGUAACCCAGGGACUGCUGACCCAGACAGAGUAUGAAGAUAUUCUUUCUAAAAGAAGGAGCACAACCCCUGAGCCAUGCUCAUGAAGGGACAGCAGGCUGGGCUGCCUGUCUUUCACAGCUGGAGAAGUACUAGGAGCUACGUGUAGAGCAAAUAGCUCCUGGUUGUUUACUGGCUUUAACAACAGAGCCUUUAAAGGCUAGUAUUGUAGUAAGGACUAAACAAGGAGAGGCACUGGGGUUUAUUCAGUUGGUGUAAAUACUGGUAUUGUUUGAGUUUAAAUGUCUUGGUACACAGAGAGCCCUAUUCUGUUGAAGUGGCUGUAUUCAGAUCCACCACUGUCUUUGAAAGAAGUUGUGGAUUUGUAUGUUAUCGUAAAAGUUAUUUUGAUUGGCGUCUGGCAACCACAAUUGGUGUGAAAAGCUGUUCUUUGUUUCAGUUUAAGAAAGCAGGCAACACUUGGUUUGAGGAUUAAUGAAUUAAGAGUUUUAUUUGAAAAAUAUAAUUUUACAGGUUAAUUGUUAGAGAAAUGUAAAAAAAAAAAAUCUGUCUUUACAGGAAAAAUAAAUAUAAGUCCUCUACGCUACCAUCGCGUUCAGUAGUUUAUCCAUGCUUUUCAUAUUCUACCCAGUCACAUAGUACCAAAUCAGCAGCCCCAGUGAUGUUUUCAUGAUCAGUAAGCUAAAGCUCCUUUGGCUUGGGUAGGAGAUCAUUAACCCUCUCAUUAUUUGGCUGUCAUUUUCAGGGCUUAUACAGUACAACGUCGCAUAUCCGACCCCCUGUGGACUGGGGUAUAGGCGGAUAUGUGAAAAAGUCAGUUUUGCGAACAUCUAUAGAAGCAUUUACGCAUCCAUUAAUAGGUUAGUGAACAAAAACAUGCAAACUGCUUUAAACAUGGGGACAUUUUUUCUUUAAAAGUAAGCAAGCGUAAACGAGAUUAAUUAGGCUACAAAUACAGUGUUGCUAGGUGGUUUGCUGUAAGCCAUCUCCAUGAAAAGCUUUAAAAAAAAAAAAAAAAAAAAAAAAAACAGUAAA